CAGCAGUUAGGCUGCCAACCACAGAGGCCAUCUUUGGUGUUUAGUGCCAAGGAAGAAAUCGUUUCAAGUCCUUUGAAAAGCCAUCCAGUCCAGGACCUCCCCACCAUGCAGUAUUUGACCUGUACCAGGGAAGACCUAUCUCCCGACAUGGAAACUCUUGGUGAAAAAGGGACAUUGUUGGAUGACAGACCUAGAAACUUGCUCUUCCAAGGCUCUGUGGCACUCAGAAGAGGAUGGAGGAGGAAGAAGUACCAUUUCUUCUUGUUCACUGAUGUUUUGGUUGUGUCUAAGAAUAUUCAUAGAAAGAAGUUUAAGAUAAAAGAUAUCAUCCCAUUGAGAUACCUCUGGAUUUCUGACUCUGCAGACCUCCUAGGGGGAGACAACAGAAUUGCCUGCAAAUCCAUCAUUCUUUUCUGGCCCAUGGAAAAAUUGGUGGCCACAUUCCGAUUCAAAGAAUACAGAUGAUUACACUCUUUCUUAAACUGGAUGUUUCUGUGGGACUCCAGUGUGUUUCAUGCCUACAUGCUUUUGGACAGACCCACUCCAGUCACAGGCCAUCUCUUUGGAAACUCUUUGAUUAUUUGUAAGGAUGACAAUCUGCUCCAAUUCUACUAAGCAUCAUAUCUUCUCUAUCCACCCCGUGGCCAUCCUGAGUCUUUGAAUAUUGAAACAUUCUUAUUUAAUUAAUUUCCUGGGUGGUGGAUCAUUAGAAAAACCAUCACUAGGGCUGAGGAAACUAAUAAAUAUUACUUU